AUGCUCAGUCGUUCUGGAACCGCUGCCUCUGCGGCAGGGUCGCCACAGCACGUCGAGACCCCAGGACUGACCACCACUUCCGCUGCCACUUUCAGUACCAGUACUAGUACCACUGCUGAUACUACUACUUCCACGACUACCAGCAGCAGCGUCAGCUUGGUUGAUGCCGAGCAAAUGGAGCCUUCGCCAUCCCCAACGCCAGAUGUGGCCGACCCCGCCCUGCAGGUUGCAACCGACGAUCGUUGGAGGCUCUCUGCGUCACAGAAACGCCGCCAGGAGGCAUGGGUGAAGGCUGCACCAUCGCCUGUGGCUGCAGCGACCGCCUCGGCGGCAGCAUUGGCUGGCAGCGCCAAGCUCCCCGGUCGCACUGGCCGGCCAGUCGCCACAACGACGUCCGGUGGUCCACCGCCAUCGGUCAUCCUUGCGCUUGCGGCGCAACAGAACACGCCGUCCCUCGAGAUGGACGAUUGGGACACAGGCAACAACGACAUUGCGGGUGACACGAGCCAUGGUGUCGACGCGACAUUUCCUCCCACUCUCAACGAUGUGCAGGCGACCACAACCACAAGCGCGAUGCCACUGGAGCAGCACAAGCAACAUGCGCCACUGACGAAUCUCCAGGUGAUGGACGACGCACCUUCCAUUGCCGCCACUGUCCAUCCUGCUGCUGCUGCUGCUGCUGCUGGUCAAGCCGACCCUGCCGAUCGCCAGCAUGCACCCUUCGAUCCCAGCCAACUCCAAUUUUCCACUCCGACUGGGUUUAGUGUGUUGCAACUGCAAGCCGUGGACGAGGUUGCCCAACCGCACCAAGCUGGCAAUGAGCCGGCUGCUCAGGAGGAAGAGGAAGACCUGCCACAUCACCGGGAUCCCGCGCUGUCGUCGCAGGUGGACCUGUUCUCCCGCGCUGCUGCACUGGCCAUGGGCGGCUCGCAGCCUGGCGCCAGCAAUCCCUCCAGCUCGACCACAAGCAGCAGCAGCAGCAGCAGCAGCAGAUCAGCCACGCACAACGAUGCAGUAAACGCUUCGUUAAACCCCACCAGCAGCACCUUCAUCCCUGGCAACGCGUUUCUACGUCCUUCCGAGAUCCCCAACGCAGCUGCGAUCGGCUCUGCUGUGGAGCCACUGAUGGAUGCGGGCGAGGAGUGGCCAAGCACCAUUGCUACCUUGCCCGCUCCUGCGUCUGGCGCCGUCCCCACUCCCCUUGUUGUUGCUGGCACUUUUGAUGACCCGGAUGCGUCCCGAUCCACCUGGCUGGAUGCUCCGAUCCCGCGGAAUGCACCUGUCAACCAAGCUUCAGUAGUGAUUGACCACGAGCCGGCCGCAGCGACGCCCCGCAAUCCAGAAGUCUCAGAACGGGCAGCAACAGCCUUUGCCCAUCACGCUCCUCUCGGUGAAACAAACUCCUUUGCUGUGAUUCCCACCGUUAGUCUGCUCGACGGCUCGGCAUCUCGCUCAACCGUGAGCACCGAUGCUGGAGAGAAAUCCACCGAAUUUGAACCCGACAUCCCUCCGCGAAUGGCAGCUAUGCGCAGUCCAACGUUUGCUGCUGAAGGCUCGGCGAACGCCACAUUUGCUGUGCAGCACCGCGGCGUUGUUACAAGCGCUGAUUUGUCGUCGUCCUCUGAUUUAUCUGCUUCAGUGGGAGCAAGCUCGAGGGACGCGGCAGCAAACCCGGCGACCGCGAACGCGCCAGAGACUCGAGCGAAUGUCGUCGACCAUUCUCAUUCUGGUGCUGGAACGAACCCUGUUCCAAUGCAAGUGGAGACAUCUGUGCUGCCGGUGGACUUUGUUCCAGAAUCCCAGCAUGCUCCAGAGCCCGAGUCAGACAUGUUUGUCCUGCACUACUCGGCCUCUCAAUCCCAAACCUUCCCAUUCCCGGCGUUCGUGGAUCGGAGCCUACCUCGCGCUCGAGCAUCCUCUCCGCCCGUGUUCCACGUCGCAGAACCGAUGGAUGUCGACGCUGAGACGACCACUUCCACUGCUGCUGUGCAACCACCCGCAAUGGCUGACACAACUCCCAUGGUCGAGAUUGUUGCCAGUGCCGCUCCCGUCAUUCCAACCUCACCACUACCAGCUCGAGAAAAUGUCCCUCAGACGCCGCCGCCGCCGCCGCCGCCGGCCGAGUCGACUGACGCGCACAUUCCCUCAUCUCCCGUGAUUCUGUCGCUGAACGCGCAAUCGUCGCUCUCGCCUGUGCGCGAGGCGCGGUCUGCACGGCAAUUACCCGCUCACGCGGCGACAUCAGAGACACGGCCUUCGUUGCCUCAUCUCCGCAAUGUGCGUGGCAACGCGCGGUCGUCAACCUCGAGCGACGUCGUUGUUUUGGAGAGUCAAACCACCGUGAACGCGUCACUUGCGGCGGUUGUGCGAGAGCAAGCUGUCACACCUGCUACGCUUUCUCCGCACCAAGCAAAGCCUGUCACACCACCCUCAAACCCAAACCCUGCACCACCACCGUCCAGCGCCAGUGCUGCUCCAGUCGUGAAUGUGCAGCGACUGAUCUCUGUCGCACCUUCAACUGAGAUGCCGGCUUUCACCAGCGGCGUUUCAGACGAGCAAAUAUCGGCCGCUCUGGCGACGGCUGCACUCGACGGAAGCUUGGUGAAAAUCACGACCAUCUCCACGCGACAUGUGACGACCAGACGCAUCGUGCGUACCUUUCAGACACUCCCGGAUGGCCGCGAAAUCCUCGAGUCCGAGCUGGAGGUGGAAGAGGCUCCCACAGUUGUUGAAGAGCGGCAUAUUGUGUUUUGUCAGCCGUCGCAAGUUGUGGAGCGGCUUCGACCAUUGAAUCCGGCCGAUAUGUUGAGUGGACCGAUGCCGAAUGAAUCGGGACAUGACGAGCUUGUAAAGCGGAUGACCGCCACCCCAGCCCUUCCCGCGAUGACAAUGGCUCCAAUCCCUCGACGACAACCCUCUGUCGGUCUCAGGUCGGACACUGCACCGAUGGUGGUGGUCGCCCCAGCUUCGAGAUCGCCGCCUGUUGAUGCGCCCGCUCUGACCCUGCUUCCCACCAUCUCGGCAGCAACGCCGAUGGAAUCCUCGGUGGUUGUAGUGGCAUCACCUCAGACAAGCAGCGCGCGUCCAGGAGGUCGUCCUCGGCUCCCGUCUCUUCCGUCUGAAACUCGAGCGCGCGCAGUCGAACCCGCAACAACCGUUUCGGGUGGUGCUUCUUUGUCAAAGUCGUCGCCCGGUCUUGCAGCAGCAGCUACCAGUCCGGCAGCUACCAGUCCGGCAGCCCCAUCCGGCGUCGCAGGUACAACCACGGCACGUUUACCGACGAGCGCGCAAGUCUCAUCGGCAGAAAAAUUCAAAGUCUUGCCAGGAAAAAAGCAGGCUGGACAGUCUUCCAAGCCGGGUCAACAAUCCGGAAAGAAGAAUGGUACAGAUCGUGCUGGUCCGAGCACGACGGACGACGAUGCUGAUGAGCGACCAAUUCUUGCUCGCACCCCGACUCGCACCCCGACUCGCAAUGGGGCGCUGGCCACCAGCACUGUAGCUGCGAAAUCCCCCGCACCAGGUCCGCAACCCUGCGAACAACCCAGCCUGGAUUCGCUUCUUAUGCCCGAAUACGCUGCCGACGAUCGCGUGCUGGCUCGCUGGAAGGACGGAAGCUUUUACGCAGGCACCAUUGCUCGACUCCUGGCCACGUCUGACUCGACAAACUCGAUGCGACGCAAGCGUCAGGGCGAGAACGAUGUCCAGAUGGUCAUCGUCCUAUUUGACGAUGGCGAUCGCUUGCGCGUUCCGGUCACGGCGCUGUUUCCCGCUGCCUUCUUGCGGGGCGGUCAGCGUGUGUUUGCCCGACGCAACCGCAGCGAAGAUGCCUUUGAUUUGGCCAUCAUUUCCAAACCGGUAGUGGCUGGGACGAGCUUUGAGCUCGUUUUUGAGAGCGACAAGCACAAGGCCGUGUGUGGUUUGGCGGACUUGGUGUGCGAAGCAGAGUGGCUGCCAGUCCUCGCUCGCCGUCUCCCGCAUCCAUCAUCCAUCACCGUCACCCUUCCGCCUCGCGCCUUGAGUCCUGUCGAUUUUGGGCCUGUGUCGCCCGUCUCGUCUCCGCCGCCCAUGUCGUUCGCAGCCACCUCAGCCCAAACUCGCAAAUCAAUCAAGCGUGUUCAUGAAGACCAGGGUGCAGCUACCUUGAGCCCCGUGCCAAUGGUCAAACGCUUGCGACCCGUGGUUGAGUCGGUGGAUGAGUUUGCGAUGGAAGACGACCCGCCGCAGCAGCCUGUUGUUGUCGUCGCUCAGGCUCACUCUCGACCGGACCGUGGAACGUCAACCCGCGCUGCUGCCAGCAGCGCGACUGGCUUGAGAAACACGCACGUUCGCCCUUCGAGUGAUUUUGAAGAACCAUCGGCGUUAGACACGAGCAUCGAGGUCGCACCGGUCCGGAGCAGGCAAGCAGCAGCUCUGUCGUCAGGCGCGCGCAAGCAGAUGCCGACCAGUCCUGCAACGACCCCUUCGCGCGCUGCCAUGCGAGGGUUUGCCAGCAACGCUGAAACGCUGUUCAGCGGGGAUUCAAGUGCCAUGCCAGAGUCGGACACGCUGUUUUUGGGCUUUAUUUUCUACCUGACGUGCUCUGUGAAGAACGGUGACGGCUCCGUCGUCCAGAAGGACGCACUGGCCGAGCAAAUCGAAGCUGGAGGCGGCCACGUGAUGGACACUGUGUUUGAGGCCGACAUUGAGGUUUCCAAAGGGGCAUUUGUCGUUGCUGACACACCGCGGCGCACGCUCAAGUACCUUCAAGCGCUUGCUAUUGGCAGUCGCAAAAAUGCCAUCUUGGAUCCCAAGAAGUACACGCUUGCUGCGGGUCUCUCGCUUCUGACCAACCAGGAGAUUGAAUAUCCUAUUUUCAAGAGCAAAGAGCAUCGUCCAUUCCAUGAGCAGACUGUUCUGAUUGGUGGCGAAGCCGAAUUUCGGUCGUUCUGGAAAAAGGUCUUGGACGCGGGUGGUGCGAAAGUUUCCCAACGACCGCCCAAUGCCGUGCACGCAUCCGAGUCAAACGCAACAUUCUUGCUGCUUCCGUCGCCAGCCACAGCGCCAACCCCGAACGAUCGUGAGAUUUCCAAUCUGGUGCGGCGAGCGAAUUUGCAUGGCAUUCCCGCAGUCACCUGCGAGUGGAUUGUGCAGUGUCUGAUUGUUGGCCGGCUCAUUCCGCCCUCGAGCCAUCCAAGCUUUUUGCGAGCCGAGCCGCGCUCGUAGGCCUUUGUAGUUCCUGGGCCGGGAUGAGCUCCUGGAUUACAACAGCGAUUUGGAUUGGGUUUUUUUGGGGGGGUUGUUUUGCGGUUGUUUUGAUUUCUCCAGCUUGUGAUUGUUGCAUUAUUUUAUUACUAUUUAGUUUUAUC